CACUCUUGGGCCUAGUGAGGCAGCUUAUUUUUCCUUUUUCUUUCAUUGGUCACAGUUCUUUCUUUUCAGUAUGUUGUCUUCUCUAUGUUUCUGAGGGAGUGUUAGCUUGAGGCCUUGCCUUGACAUAAUCAGAUAUAAUCAGAAAAAUGAAAAAUGCCAUAGGAAAGAGAACUAUCUUUGCCAAGGUGUGAGAGAGAAAUACCACCACUUUCAAGCACUGUUUUCUUCUACUGGAGCCUGCUCAAUAGGGACAUCAGCUUUGCUGGGACCUUAGCCUGCCCCUGGAAAUGGCCCUCUCAGUGGACUCAUCAUGGCAUCGGUGGCAGUGGAGAGUCAGAGAUGGCAUCUCCCAUUGUCCAUCAGAAACCACACCGCUGCUCUCUCCAGAGAAAGGGAGACAGAGCUACAACUUGACACAGCAGCGGGUCGUGUUCCCCAACAACAGCAUAUUCCAUCAAGAUUGGGAAGAGGUCUCCAGGAGAUACCCCGGCAACAGAACCUGCACAACCAAAUACACCCUCUUCACCUUCCUGCCCCGGAACCUCUUUGAACAAUUUCAUAGGUGGGCUAACGUCUAUUUCCUGUUCCUGGUGAUUCUGAACUGGAUGCCCUCCGUGGAAGUCUUCCACAGGGAAAUCACCAUGUUACCAUUGGCCAUUGUCCUGUUCAUCAUCAUGAUCAAGGAUGGCAUGGAGGACUUCAAGAGACACCGCUUUGAUAAAGCCAUAAACUGCUCCCACGUUCGAAUAUAUGAAAGAAAAGAGCAGACCUACGUGCAGAAGCACUGGAAGGAUGUCCGCGUGGGAGACUUCAUCCAAAUGCGAUGCAACGAGAUUGUCCCAGCAGACAUUCUCCUCCUUUUCUCCUCGGACCCCAGCGGGAUAUGCCAUCUGGAAACUGCCAGCUUGGAUGGAGAGACGAACCUCAAACAAAGACAUGUCGUGAAGGGCUUCUCACAGCAGGAGGUACAAUUCGAGCCAGAGCUUUUCCACAAUACCAUCGUGUGUGAGAAACCCAACAACCACCUCAACAAAUUUAAGGGUUAUAUGGAGCAUCCUGACAAGACCAGGACUGGAUUUGGCUGUGAGAGUCUUCUGCUUCGAGGCUGCACCAUCAGAAACACCGAGGUGGCUGUUGGCAUUGUCAUCUAUGCAGGCCAUGAGACAAAAGCCAUGCUGAACAACAGCGGCCCCCGGUACAAACGCAGCAAGAUUGAGCGGCGCAUAAACACAGACAUCUUCUUCUGCAUUGGGAUCCUCAUCCUCAUGUGCCUUAUUGGAGCUGUAGGUCACAGCAUCUGGAAUGGGACCUUUGAAGAACACCCUCCCUUUGACGUGCCAGAGGCCAACGGCAGCUUCCUUCCCCGUGCCCUUGGGGGCUUCUACAUGUUCCUCACAAUGAUUAUCCUGCUCCAGGUGCUGAUCCCCAUCUCUUUGUACGUCUCCAUUGAGCUGGUGAAGCUCGGGCAAGUGUUCUUCUUGAACAAUGACCUUGACCUGUAUGAUGAAGAGACUGAUUUAUCUAUUCAGUGUCGAGCCCUCAACAUCACGGAGGACUUGGGCCAGAUCCAGUACAUCUUCUCUGAUAAGACGGGGACCCUGACAGAGAACAAGAUGGUGUUUCGACGUUGCACCAUCAUGGGCAGCGAGUAUUCUCACCAAGAAAAUGCUAAGCGACUGGAGACCCCAAAGGAGCUGGACUCAGAUGGUGAAGAGUGGACCCAGUACCAAUGCCUGUCCUUCCCAGCCAGAUGGGCCCAAGAUUCAACAAUUAUGAGAGGCCAAAAAGGUGCUCAGCCUUUGAAGAGGAGCCAGAGUGCCCGGGUGCCCAUCCAGGGCCACUACCGGCAAAGAUCUAUGGGGAACCGUGAAAGCUCACAGCCUCCUGUGGCCUUCAGCAGCUCCAUAGAAAAAGAUGUGACUCCAGAUAAAAACCUACUGACCAAGGUUCGAGAUGCUGCCCUGUGGCUGGAGACCUUGACGGACAGCAGACCUUCCCUCUCCACCACCUCCUCCAUUGCUGAUUUCUUCCUUGCCUUAACCAUCUGCAACUCUGUCAUGGUGUCCACAACCACCGAGCCCAGGCAGAGGGUUACCAUCAAACCCUCAAGCAAGGCUCUGGGGACGUCCCUGGAGAAAAUUCAGCAGCUCUUCCAGAAGUUAAAGCUAUCGAGCCUCAGCCAGUCAUUCUCAUCCACUGCGCCCUCUGACGCAGAUCUGGGGGAAAGUUUGGGUGCCAACCUGGCCACCACGGACUUGGAUGAGAGAGAUGAUGCCUCUGUGUGCAGUGGAGGUGACUCCACGGAUGAUGGUUUCUACAGGAGCAGCACGUGGGACCAGUGCGACAUCCUGGAGUCUGGGUCGGGCACUUCCUUGGAGGAGGUGCUGGAGGCUCCUGCCCCAGGCCUGGCCAGUCCUGAGUUCUGUUACGAGGCUGAGAGCCCUGAUGAGGCCGCCCUGGUGCACGCUGCCCAUGCCUACAGCUUCACGCUAGUGUCCCGGACACCUGAACAGGUGACUGUGCGCCUGCCCCAAGGCACCUGCCUCACCUUUAGCCUCCUCUGUACCCUGGGAUUUGACUCUGUCAGGAAGAGAAUGUCUGUCGUUGUGAGGCACCCACUGACUGGUGAGAUCAUCAUCUAUACCAAGGGUGCUGACUCGGUCAUCAUGGACCUGCUGGAAGACCCCGCCUGUGUGCCUGACAUUGACGUAGAAAAGAAGCUGAGAAAAAUCCGAGCCCGGACCCAAAAACAUCUAGACUUGUAUGCAAGAGAUGGCUUGCGCACUCUGUGCAUUGCCAAGAAGGUUGUAAGCGAAGAAGACUUCCGGAGAUGGGCCAGUUUCCGGCAUGAGGCUGAGGCAUCCCUUGACAACCGAGAUGAGCUUCUCAUGGAGACGGCACAGCAUCUGGAGAAUCAACUCACCUUACUUGGAGCCACUGGGAUCGAAGAUCGGCUGCAGGAAGGAGUUCCAGAUACAAUUGCUGCUCUGCGGGAGGCUGGGAUCCAGCUCUGGGUCUUGACUGGAGAUAAGCAGGAGACAGCAGUCAACAUCGCCCAUUCCUGCAGACUGUUAGAUCAGACCGACACUGUGUACUCCAUCAAUACAGAGAAUCAGGUAAGACGAUUCUCUGUAUCUACAUAUAUUAAAGUGCAGAGCAGCCCUCAGCCAAGAGGACACAGGCUUGUAGGUGGGAUUUGGGUACACCAGGGAAGCACCCAACCCCCAACAGAUCACUGAAUCUUGGAGUCUGGAGGACCCUGGAAGUCACCCAGCUCAAUAUCCUUUAUUUCAUCCCCACACAUGGCUGGCUGGUCUCUUUUACAUUACUUCUGGCACUGAUUAUUAGAGCGUUUAACCUCUCCCAGAUUCCACUGUGGUCCAGUCUCCCCAUUUCCCCACAGAUAAGGAAACUGAAGACUACUGGGACUGAGUCACUUGCUCAGGUUUACCCUGCUUGUUUCUGAUAAGUAGAACUAAGUCUAGAACUCUGUUCUCCUGCUGAGCUAGUGUGAUUUACAUUCUGCCACACUGUUUGCUUAUGGAAGCUCAACUGUCAGUUUCUUUCUGUUUAAGACUAACUUAUCCACUGAAAAAGUCCCAAUUAAAUUGAAAUUAUUC